AGAUAUGUCAUUGGUCAUGCAAGCGGCGAACCUAAAUAUACCGUACCAAUUCCAAUUAAUGUACCUUUUCUUUUUUCAUUGACUUGAGGUGAGGUUAGCUUCUUCAAUGGGAUAUUGUGUGAACCAUUUUGUCUCUCCGAGUAUUAUAGCAUCAGCUCCUUUGCAACCUAGAAACGUAUCUACUACAUGUUUGUUGACCAAACCAUCUGGCAGAAGAGGUUGUAGCAGUACUGUUACCAGUAAUAUGAGGCGGCCAUCAAUGGAUGAUGCAAUAUCUUCUUUCACUUACCGAAAAUUUGCUCACUUCGCUGUGGAAGAAACUAAGAAACACACACAGUUGAGCCCUUCUCCAUUACAGGAGAAGUUUGCUUACUUGUCUUCAAUGGAUGGGAAAGCGGAGCUCCAGAUGCACUCUUUUGAGUCACCUAAGAUUAGACUACUCCGAAGUUUAUCCAUUGAAGGUAGUGACGGAGUGCAGGUCUUGGAUUUUGCUAUCUUUCCCCGAGCAGAGAUCGAUCUUCCAAUUUUUUGUGCCAACUUUUUUACCACAUCAGUCAUUAAUAUCAUUUUAUUGGACCUCAAUCCAUUACACGAUGUCAUCAGUCAACAGGAUUACAAGAGAAAAUAUUAUACGCACUUAAUUCCUCUUGGACAUGAGUAUGCUGAGCUUUUACCAUGGGGAGGAAAGAUUACUUCUGAAUCUUUAAAAUUUUUCUCACCCAUUGUUAUAUGGACCAAGUUUCCUCCAAGCCAGCAGAAACACGAUUUUUUAUAUUCUGCUUUCAUGGACUAUCUCAAGUCAUGGCUUCAGCUGAUGGACCAGGCAUCAAUGGACACUGACGUUUCUCAGGUUAUAGUUAAUCUUGAAGCACAACAUCGGUAUCUCACAUGGAGGGCAGAAAAGGAUCCUGGCCAUCAAGUUCUGAGAAGAUUAACUGGGGAGACACUUGCAAAGGAAAUAGUUCGGAGUUUUCUUUUUAAUGGAGUUGAUGAACUGAGUAGCAAAACGUUCAUCGACUACUUCCCAGAGUACAAAUGCGAUGACGGGACUGUAAAUCAGAAGCGUAGUAUGAUUGGGAAAUCAUUCGAAAGCCGCCCGUGGGAUGCAAGAGGGGAAUUCAUUGGUAAUACAUUAUUAAAGUAGAAAGCGUGUUCGGCUGCUUCCAUAAUUUUUUCUUUCUACCCCCCUGUGCUCUUUUUUCUCUGUAAGAGAUAACUGUUCAAUUUAUUUAAGCAUUUCCAGAUGGAAACUAUUAUCCCACAAUGUAUUGUAAUCAGCUAGCAUAGACGUUGUUGUAAACAUGUAAUCUUAAUAUGAUAAAAAUUGUACUUCGUACUACAUAGUUAAUUGUCUAUGAAGAGGUUCACGUUUUCUCAUUAUAUGAAUGUAUAAUUUGACAUGAAAAUGAAGCAUUA